AUGGGGGAUGCUGCACAGGGGGAUGCUGCCCAAAGGGAUGCUAUACAGGGGAAUGCUGCACAGGGGGAUGCUGCCCAAAGGGAUGCUGCACAGGGGGAUGCUACCCCAAGGGAUGCUGCCCAAAGGGAUGCUGCCCAGAGGGAUACUGCCCAAAGGGAUGCUGCCCAAAGGGAUGCUGCACAGGGGGAUGCUGCCCCAAGGGAUGCUGCCCCAAGGGAUGCUGCCCAAAGGGAUGCUGCACAGGGGGAUGCUGCCCAAAGGGAUGCUACCCAAAGGGAUGCUGCACAGGGGGAUGCUGCCCAAAGGGAUGCUGCCCUGCGGGAUCAGCAUGGGAUCAGCUCCCAGCCCUGA